CUUCACUGGUUCUCUCCAGUUGUUUUGAAAAUGGCUCUGCGACCAGGAACUGGCGGAGCCGGCAGUUUUAUGUACGCUGUGGGAGGGGGCCUGGGCCCAUCUCAAGGAGUUCCCAUGCAGCCACAGCAGCAGCAGCAGCAGGGCUUCCCCAUGGUGCCCAUGAUGCAGCCCAACAUGCAGGGCAUUGUGGGCAUGAACUUUGGAGCCCAGCUGCCUCCGGGGGCCAUGCAGAUGCAGGGCGGCAUGGCCAUGGGGAUGCAGAUGAUGGGACAGCCCCAGUUCAUGGGCCUGAGGGCCCCGGGGCCCCAUUACACUGCAGACAUGCAGAAGCAGUUUGUGGAGGAUCAUCAGAAGCACAUGGAGCAUCAGCAGCGGCUGCUGGAGGAGGAGAGGAAGAGGAGGCAGUUUGAGGAGCAGAAACAGAAGCUGCGAAUGCUGAGCAGCAUCAAGCCCAAGGUCAGGGGUCACGCUCUGCUAGGGAUGGGUGAGAAGAGCCGGGACGAUGCCCUGGAGGCCAUAAGGGGAAACCUGGACGGGUUCAGUAGGGAUGCUAAGAUGCACCCAUCAGCCUCCUCGCACCCCAAGAAUCCAGCAGGUACCGUCCACAGAGACUCAUCGUCAUCCCACUCUUCUGUCACCCUUCACCCCCCUCCUCCCCCCGCUUUCCCCGAGGACGACGACGAUUUUAGCGACUUUAUUCAGGGCCCCUCCGCGCCCCCUCCCCCCACCUCCGCCCCUGUCCCACCUGUCCUGUCCUCGUCAAACCCCCUCAUAGCAGGCGCAGGUCGCUGGCCUGGCGUAGACGGAGGCCCGGGUCAGCGACCCCCUUCUGCCCCCCUCCCCCAGAUUCUCUCUCACUCUGUGCCCUUCCCACCAGCCUCCCAACCCUCUACUGUCACCUCCAGCUCUCAGUCUGCGGCCAAAGGAGUCGGGGUCUUCCCACAGCAGGAGCACCUCCAGCCCUUGGCCCCCUCUUGGCUGUACAAUGACAGCCUUGUUCCAGAGCUCUACAAGCAGGUGCUCGAGUUCACCAUGACCCCAGCUGGCAUAGACACGGGAAAGCUCUACCCCAUUCUGAUGUCAUCUGGCCUGCCCAGGGAGGCGCUGGGGCAGAUCUGGGCCACGGCCAAUCGUACGACACCUGGCAAGCUCACGAAGGAGGAGCUAUACACUGUGCUGGCCAUGAUUGGUGUGACCCAGAACGGGCUACCAGCAUCUCUGGAAGUGCUGAGCCAGUUCCCGUCCCCUCCGAUGCCCAACCUGCCCGCUGUUGCCAUGGUGCUGCACCAACACCAACACCAACACCAACACCAACACCAACACCAACACCAGCAACAACAUCAACACCAGCAACAACACCAGCAGGCCAGCAUGUCCCAGCCGCCCGUGCCCAUGGUGAUGCCCGCUGCUAUGGCGCCUGCCAUGGGCAUGACCCUCCCUGCCCCCGCCAUGGCCCCCAGCGCUCCCCCACAACUCCCUGCCAGCUUCGUCACAAACUUCCCACCCGCUCAGGAGACCAAACCCGAGGACGACGAGUUCCAGGACUUCCAGGGGGCCCCUAAAGCGGGGUCAGGGGACGUCUCUUUCACAGACUUCCAGGGAGAGGCCGGGGGCGGCUUCCCCUUCCUCGCAUCCUCCCAACCGCAGAGCAGUGCUCCUCCAAUGCUGAUGCCCGUGUCUGGAGCCACGACGUCCUCCUCUGACCGAUACGCCGCCUUCAAGCAUCUGACCGUGGAGCCGGCCCCCUCCCCGCCCGCGGCUCCAGAUCCUGAUGAUAAAUACAGCAUUUUCAGGCAGCUUGACCAAUCUGCAGACCAGAAGUGUGGAGGCGAGGGAUCUGAGGAGUUCCCUUCCGCUGGCGCCGACGACGGCUUCACCAGCUUCAAAACCGCCGACAGCGUUUCCCCUCUAGACCCUCCCGGCCAGGCCCCGAUGUUCCAGCCCGCUUUCCCUCCUUCCUCUCCCCAGUGCCCUCCUCGCUCUCUCCCCCAGCCUCACAUGUCCCCUCUCUGUCAGCCCAAAGCCCCCUCGCUCAGCAUAGCAGACUUCUUUUCCCCUCUGGCUCCUGCCUCCGCCCCAGCCCCCGCCCCCUCUGCAGAGGCCCCGCCCCUGGCCCCUCCCUCUGCCCCGCCCGCUCUGGCAGCCCCCCCAGGAGGCGGGGUCAGACCCCUCGCAGGGGGAGCGGGGACCUUCGGAGACUUCUCCCUCUUCGGCUCCAUGUCCUCCUCUUCCUCCUCCUCUGUAACGGGCGUAGCCCCCAUGGCAGACGCGGGCGGGGCGGGCCAGGACGACUUUGCCGACUUCGCGGCCUUCGGUAGCUCCGCGGGGCCGGAGGGCGGGGCCGCGGGCGUGGCCGGCCUCGUGGGCACGCCCCCCCGGCAGCGCUCCGCGGACAAGUACGACGUUUUCAAGCAGCUCUCCCUGGAGCUGUCCAAGGAGAGCGGGGCCGGAUCCCUGUCCUCCCUCCGCAGCGACGGGGACGACCUCGCCGACUUCCCCCCCUCCCGCCUGUGCGCCAGUCUCACCGCCUCCGACCGCAGCCUGGCCGGCAGGGCCAAGGAGGACUGCGUCUCCGUCAAGUCCCUGGACCUCCCGUCCAUCGGGGGCAGCAGCGCGGGCAGGGACGACUCGGAGGACGCGCUCUCCGUGCAGCUGGACAUGAAGCUGUCGGACGUGGGCGGGGACCUGAAGCACGUGAUGUCGGACAGCUCCCUGGACCUACCCAGUCUCUCCGCCCCCCAGCUCCCUGCCGCAGAAGCGGACGACUUGAAGUUCGAUCCCUUCGGCACCUCUGUCGCUAGCGGGAUGGGCGGCUACGAUUGGCCGGACAAGGAGGAACCCUCGGCCAAUCAGGGCGCAAAGCUGCAGCCGGGCUCGUCGGCCACGCCCAGCAAAGAGGCGGCCGGAGCCUCGGGGAGCGGCGCCGCCCACGCCAGCCCAUCGAAGGCCGGCAUUUUCCCCGCCAAAGACGGUGCGCCCGGCAACGCCAACUUCGAGGCCUUUGCUGAUUUUGUGUCUUUCAAGGAAGGGGGCGCUAACGAGGAUGACGAAUUUGGGGACUUUGCCGUCACCGUGGCGGAGAAGCCCGACUCACCCCGCCCCUCGGUUGACCCCUCCUUAGACGGCACCCAGGGUGAGGUCACGGACGAGUUUGGCGCCUUCCAGGGCGACAAACCCAAAUUUGGGAAAUUCGAUUUCCUCAAGGCCAGCUCCCAAGCCAAGGUGAGGUCCAGUGAGGAGAUGAUCCAGAGCGAGCUUGCGACCUUUGACCUCUCUGUGCAAGACUCGCAGAAGAAGAGCCUGGGAGAGAAAGAGAUGGGUCGCUCCACCCCCUCUCCUGCCCCCGAACAGCCCCACCGCGACCGCUCAAACACCCUGAGCGAUAAGCCCACUCUGCCCGUCAUCCGCGACAAGUACAAGGACCUGACCGGGGAGGUGGAGGAGAGUGAGCGCUACGCAUACGAGUGGCAGAGGUGUUUGGAGAGUGCGCUGCAGGUCAUCAGCAAGGCCAACAACACCCUCAACAGCAUCAGCAGCUCUGCCAUCUGCACAGAGGUGAUCCAGUCCGCACAGGGAAUGGAGUAUCUGCUGGGUGUGGUGGAGGUGUACCGGGUGACCAAGCGGGUGGAGCUGGGUAUCAAGGCCACGGCGGUGUGCUCUGAUAAGCUCCAGGAGCUGCUGAAGGACGUCAGCCGGGUGUGGAACAACCUCAUGGGCUUCAUGUCCCUGGCCAAGGUCACGCCUGAUGAGAGCUCGCUGGAUUUCUCCUCCUGUAUCCUGAGGCCUGGGAUAAAGAAUGCCAAGGAGCUGGCCUGUGGAGUCUGUCUGCUGAAUGUGGACUCUCGCAGCAAGGCUUUCAACUCGGAGACGGACAAUUUCAAGCUCUUCUACGGGGGGCACCAGUACCACGCCAGCUGCGCCAAUUUCUGGAUCAACUGUGUGGAGCCCAAGCCCCCAGGCCUCAUUCUGCCAGACCUGCUCUGAGGCCCUGCCUGCCGGCGCCAUGGUAACGCGCGCGCUAGCCGCUAAUUGGCUCUGGAGCUUGAAAACAUUCCAGCCCCCUGGAGCCACACAUCGAGGUUAACCUUGCUUUCAGAGUGAAUGCAGGAGUCAUGGGGGCCUGCCCGGAAAAGUUCAACUAAAUCGCUCUUGUUUAUUUAUUUAUUAAUUGUUUAUUUUUGUCCUCAUUUACCACACUAGAGCCACUGCAGCCUAGCAGCGGAAAUGAACAAUUGUCAUUGAACAUAAGGCCGGGGUCUGUGUGGAAAAUGCUGCUCUCGUGUUACACUGUAACGUAAUAUCCAUCUUGCGCGGCCAUUGUUUUGUCGUUGUGUUCCCCCCCCCGUUCUUCUUCUUUAACCUCGUCUGUUCCUGGCAGACCGGUGUGGAAAGCCCAUGGCUAAUACCAGGCUUUCAGGGCAUUUACUCUCACGUACUGAGGGAGGCAGCAAGUAGCCACGCGGCUAAUGCUGCGUAUACACAAAUGAUAAAUGUUGGAAAUAAUGUCGGGAUGAGGGAGCAGGGCAUCCUGAAAGAGGCUUCAGCUGUGCUCUCAGGCAAGACUGGGGAGUUCCUCCUUCUUUUGGCCCAAAAGUUAAAAUGGUAAUCCCUUCCAAUCAAUUCAGUAUCUGCUAUGGCAUAUCACUCCAAUUGGGUCUAAACUUCUAUUUGAUUUCUAUUGUUUUAAUGUAGAGUGUAAGCUUUCAAAAACUGUAGUAAGUAAUCAUUACAGAUGCGGUUUUUAAAUGAAGCAGAGGGAGAGAGAGAUAAUGUGGUAAUUGUAGUCUUCAGGCCUAAUGCUGCCGCUCUGUCUACUUGUUUAAAAUAUCUUCUUUUGGGCUGUGGUAUCUUUACUGCUGGAACUAAGGCUCUUUGGUUGCUGGGUCUUUUACUAGAUUUUAAAACAGUAAUUAAACCUUCAAAGCCUCUGCACUGUGCUGAAAGGCAGUGAUAUUCUUUCCAAUGAGAAUAUUGUGUGAUGUACUGAUUCUGAAUGUCUUUUGUAUGGUUUCUGAGGGAUUAUCCUGGUGAGUAAUUAUGAAGCACUGUAAAUACUUUGAAAGGGAGCGUGGCUGGGAGCUUGUGAACGGGACUGGUCUGUGUAAGUGUUGCAGUGCCGCCAGUGUGCAAACAGGCUGGGGCAAACACGUUUGCAGUCCCAACUAACUCCCAGUGAUUGCACUUUUUCCUGUCUGUUACCUUUAUUAAAACAUUAUUACAAUUAUUAACUACCUGGACAUAGAAGUGAUGAUAUUUGUGUAAUAAAUUAUGAACAUUGCAACAAAA